CAGCUGGCAGACGAUUGUCGUUCUCUUAUGUACAAUUCCUCCGCGUCGUAAAUAGUACGAUAUGUAACAGCGUAUUAUACAAUGAAAAAAAAUGUAUCGAAAAAUCGAUUUACUAAAACGUAUAAUGGAAACUAACUACAAAAUUAUUAGGCGAUCGUUGCUUUGAUCAGGAGAACGUUCAGUUUUACUUUGCGUAUGAAUAAUUCACAGUGGCGUCUAUCCGGCCUCAGCUGUUUCCCCGUUUCCCGCCAAACAUUGCUACCAGAAAACCGCUGUGAGGCGUAUCGUAUGUUCGCCGUCCCGCGCUCCAAUUUUAAUUUGUGGCUAUCGCAACAUUUCGAAUUGUUAUUAUUGACUUUUACGUCGACGGAUUGUUUUUAGUAUUAUGUCAUCAAUUGUUGGUGGCGAUAGGAUCGUUCAAGAGGGAAAUAACAAGGAAACAAGCGAAUCGCAAGGCAAAAUAUCCAGUCGUGCUUCUAAAGACGGGGAUCCCCCGGUUGCAAACAUGGAAGCAGAAAAACGCAUCAGACGCGAAAUUGCCAACAGCAAUGAGCGAAGACGAAUGCAAAGCAUUAACGCCGGAUUCCAAUCUCUUCGAUCUCUUUUACCUCAUCACGAAGGGGAAAAAUUGAGCAAGGCUGCUAUUCUUCAACAGACUGCAGAAUACAUCUAUUCAUUGGAACAAGAAAAGACGCGACUAUUAUCCCAAAAUUGCCAAUUGAAAAGGUUGGUCAACCAACAGCAGCACGAGGUCGGGGAAUUGCCUCCGAAAAAACGUAAAACGGAUGUUAUCCUUCCUACCAUUACCGAAACGACAGAAGACUGCGUAGAUACUAUGGCAUCGGAAUCGAUGAAUAUAAUGUCGGUAACGGUAGUCGAACCAUCGGAAUCGGCGUCAGAACUUCGACGUCAGCUGGACAGGGAACGUGGAAUUCGGGUUGUUCUCGAGGAACAAAUACGACAACUUCAAGGCGAACUAUACCAACAACAAAUGUACCAAAUAACAACCACUGAAGAAACAGAUGACCUUGGUCUACAAGUAGUAGCCGCCGACAGUUUACCUCCUGUUGGUCAUACGCAGACUGUGGUGUGUUCUCCUGUACCUUCCCGAAGUCCUAGUCCCGAACCUAUACAAGAGAAACGACUGCCGUCAGUUUUGGAAGCUGCCAUCAAGGCAGAACCAAAAGUUGAGGUCGAACGUGUCCCCACAACCCCCCAAGACGAGAGUAGUUCGGGGAGGACGCUCUAUGGUCCUAACACCUCUCGUCAAAACCUCGAAACCAUCGUUGAAGCGAUUCGCCACUUGGAAGGCGAUCACAUGUUUGCGGAAGAACCUCAGCAACGUACGCAAGAAGCACCCCUUGCCCUUACAACCAACACGAGGUCGUCGGAUCAUAUUCUUAGGCUGGAUAUGAACCAGUACGUCGAUUUCCACGUGACACAGCAGUCGGUCAAAGUUCAACAGCAAUCCAGACCGGGAGUGAUCGUUGUUAAACAAGCGUCGUGAUUAGUUAAUGUCACAUGCAGUGGUGACCCUCUUGCCCGAAUGAUCGUGCAGCAAUAAGCUGUAUCGGUCGGACAUUCGAGGGUGUUGCAUUUUGGACUGAUGUAUAGUCAAGAUGGGGGAGGAGGGGGGCGACUGUCUUCAUUCCUAAGUCUCUAGCUAUGAAUCUCGUUAAUUACAUAGUUCUUAAAGUAAGGUGGCAGUGCUUUAAAACUGACCCUAAUGUUGUCUCGACCUGUUUCAUUAUGUUAAAGGAAUGUAUAUAAGUAGGACGAAUUUUGUACGGUAUGGUUAUGAUAAGCUGUUAGGUUUGUCUUUCUAGGUAGUUGUUGAAAGGUCUUUGUCCACAUGGUGAAAAGUCGCUUAGAAAAUUAUAUUUUGUUACUUAUGUCAUCUUCAUUAAGGCAUAAUCCUGCACUUUUUAAAGAUGAAGAAAGUUUUCUUUCUUAUCUGUCUGUCUUACAAUUAUUAAUAAUAAAAAAAAGGUUCAUGCCUUAUUACGCACGGUAUAGUAUGCGCAAGAAAGAUUUAUUUUGUCAAAUUUUAACUUGUGUAGGAUAAUUUCUUCUAGUAAAUAUGAAAUCAAAAAUCGUUAUUCACUUGCUGAUUUUAUUAGUGCAAAUAUUUCCUAGUACUAUUUCACGGAAACGACGUAUACUUUUUUAAAUAAUAACUAAUUAUACAUACAUACAAGUAAAAGAGCGCUUUAAUGAUGGACUUUGUGAAUUGAGUCAAGCUUAGGAUUAGGAGUGCGCUGAGAUGAGAGUAGGACCAGGCUAGUCGAAAGGACGUUUUCAAUAGGUAGUCGGUUAUAAAUUAAUAAAAAUGAAACAGGUCAGUCUGUACGUUAUACAUGACGAUUUUUGUUACUUAAUGGUGAUGUUUAAUUUAAGGCGCCAAAUCGCAGACUAAGGAGGAAUUGCGGGUAAAAUUAUAUGACCAAACCAUCAUUUUCUACCUUUAUACUAAACAAUGCAAUAUUCAAAAUUAAAAAAAAGGUUUAUUUAAUUGUAAUAGUGUUUGAUAAUUGAAUUU